AUGCUGAGCGAGGAGGCCAUGCAGGCGGCGGUGGAGGAGGGCUCCGGCGGGGGGGGCAAGCUCUACAAGCCCCCGCAGCAGCCCCAGCCGCCGCCGCCGCCGCCGCCGCCGCAGCGCAGCCCCUACAGCGCGCUCAAGACCUUCCCCGGGGGGCGUCGGCCGGCGCUCAGCAAGCGCUACGAGCGGCCCACCAUGGUGGAGAUCCCGCAGGUGCGGGGGGGCGUCGGGCCCUUCCAACCGCAGCCCCUGACCGCCGUCGCCUCCUCUUCCUCGGCUCUGGGGGAGCCUCCCCCGUUGCCCUACCCGGCGCCCGGCCCCUUCCGCGCCUCCCACGGACCCCCGGCACGGAGUUCGGCCCCGCAACUGGGAGCCCAGGCGCCGGCUGCUGCCGCUGCCGCAGCCUCUUCCUCCUCCUCUUCCUCCUCCUCCUCCUCUUCCUCCUCCUCCUCUUCGGCCAGGUACGGCCAACAUCACCACCACCACCACCACCAUCACCACCAGGGGGCGCCGAGCAGCAGCAGCGGCGGCGGCGGCGGCGGCGGCGAGGGGACUCUGGAGCUGAGCGCAGAGAGCCGUUUGAUUUUGGAUGCUUUUGCCCAGCAGUGCAGCCGAGUCCUCAGUCUUCUAAACUGCGGUGGGAAACUCCUGGACAACCCCCGCCCUGCGCCACUGCCAUCCUGCGUGAAACAAGAGAGCCCGGCUUUUAACGAGAGGCCGGAGCACUGCCAACUUGGCAAAAUGGCCCACAGCCAGACUUCCGAACACUUCGACCUGGAAUUGCAGUACAUGCAGAAGAAGCAGCAGACGUCGGCUUUCCUGAGGGUCUUCACCGAUUCCCUCCAGAACUAUUUGCUUUCUGGAGGUUUCACCACGCAAAACCACGCCUCCUCCGCUGGGGAUUUUGGCCCUUUGGCUGACAUGGAGCCCCUCUCCACCUCUCCGGUUCACACGUUGGGGGGAUGGGCUUCUCCAGCGACGUCGGAGUCCCACGGCCACCCGUCGUCUUCCACACUUCCAGAGGAGGAGGAGGAGGAGGAGGAAGGCUACUGUCCUCGAUGCCAGGAGUUGGAGCAGGAGGUCAUUUCAUUGCAACAAGAAAAUGAAGAACUCCGGAGAAAGUUGGAGAGCAUUCCAGUGCCCUGCCAAACCGUUUUAGACUAUUUGAAGAUGGUCCUUCAGCAUCACAAUCAACUGAUGAUGCCUCAGGCGGUGGAGCAGCCGGCAGAGGGGAGCAAGCAAUUGCUGAACAAUUACCCCGUCUUCAUCACUAGCAAACAGUGGGACGAGGCCGUCAACUCCUCCAAGAAAGACGGGCGGCGUCUCCUUCGGUACCUCAUCAGAUUUGUCUUCACAACCGAUGAGCUUAAGUACUCGUGCGGCCUUGGGAAACGAAAAAGGUCAGUGCAGUCAGGAGACACUGGUCCUGAAAGACGCCCUCUGGAUCCAGUGAAAGUAACAUGUCUCAGAGAAUUCAUCCGGAUGCAUUGCACCUCUAACCCGGAUUGGUGGAUGCCUUCCGAAGAACAGAUCAACAAGGUUUUCAGCGAUGCGGUGGGACACGCCCGGCAAGGAAGGGCGGUGGGGACUUUCCUGCACAACGGGAACAUGUACUAUGAUGGGAUUGACCAACACAGUUGCCAUGAGGACCUCUUCGGUAGAGGUAUCCACGAUGGCUCUGGAGACUGA